CUUCAGAGGCCGCUAUCCCACCACGCAGCUACCUGCAUAUGAGAACACAGCAGUCUCUUCACAGUCAAGAUCCUGAACAGCAGCAUCAUGUCACAAAGCCAAACUUCUUACAAGACAAGGUCUAAGGCCAGUCGCUCUGCAAGAUCCUCAGCAGUCAGCAAUGCCACCGCCAUUGCACGUGCAGAAGCGGAGGCGGCAAAAGCACGCGCUGCCUUUGCAGAGCAAGAGAUGCAACUAAAGCUACGUCAAGCAACAUUUGAAGCUGAAAAGGCAAGUCAGCAAGCGGCACUGGAGAAGCUCUCAGCGCAGAAGGAAGCUGCCGCAGCCAUUGCCAAAGCAGAGGCCCUGGAAGCACUCUUUUACCCAGACGACGAAAGAUGCAGCGGUCCAGCCAACCUAGAUCUCAUCCAUCAAGAUUCCCUGCAGCGCACUUCAGAGUAUGUCCAUCGACAUUCCAGAAUGAUCGACACUCUCCAGCCGACAGAAGAUCUUCAACAAGACCUCAUCGACGGAUUUCAUCGAACUCGCCUCACAGCAACCCCGGAAGUCCAGGAUAAGUCUCUAACCCGCAGGCCAGAGGACAAUCCAGGAAAUGAACUAAGUAGGGACCACCCGCCUUCUCAUCAGGAGUUCCAGCCUGCGCAUAAUGUUCCAGAAACAUCCUUUUUCGUGCCUAGAAGGUCUUCCUUCACGUAGAGCUUCAGUGGCGGUUCACAAGACUGAACUGUUCCCUUCAGACUCUCUCCACAGGUCUGCUGGUUCCUACCAUGCUACAAACAAAGUUAAAAACCCUGUUUCACACCAACUUACU